CUACAACAGAGUUAGCCGGAGAUGGCACCGCCCCACGAGAGGCUUCCGAGAGUAAGGAAAGGAAUAAAGACAGGUUUCAGCAGUUCAUCGAGGAGUUGCAGCAGGAGUAGCAACAGAAGAGCUUUGGUAGUCUGGGAAGGGCAGCCGGAGUUUAUAUCGGGAUUGUGCGUGAGAUCGAACUCUUUCUACGCGGAGGCAAUCACAGAUUGCUUGGAGUUCAUAAAGAGAACGUCGAUGCCGAUUAGUGAAUGUGCAGCAGUCUCCAUCGGCCAAUAAAUUUCGAGCUCUCUUUUGUCUUUUUAAACAUGUUUGCAACGGUUCUCCAGGAACCUCGUUAAUUCUGCUUUUGUUUCUUCUGUACUUGUUGGUUCUGAAACCCGGUUUGGAAAAUUAGUCAGGAAAGUUAAACAAAAGAUGUAAAUUAAGAAAC